CUGGCAGAAUAGUAGUCCAGGCGACGUACGUAGAGAAUAAAAGAUUGAACACCAUGCCUUUUGACUUUACUCUUGAUUCUUAGCAAAGGUGGGUGACUUUACUGGCUGGACAAAUGGGUCAAAUUCGAUCAACUGCGAUUCGUCCCAGAGGAACCCCAAACUGUUGAGGACUAAUUUCUUCAGUACUCGAGAAGAUUUGACACAACAGCGAUUUUCGCUCAUGCAUGAGUAUUUUGAUGGAAGAUUCCAUAUAAUUUCUUAUUCGACUCAAACAGGCCAGACGAACAAAAACCGUAUAAGCUUUCCAUUUCUAUAUGAGGAACAUUUCAGUUUUGUGAAAUGCCAGUAACCUAGGCAAAACCGGUUGAUGUACUGCCCGGUACGAGGAUAGAACUGUCGUCGUUUACCUUUACGAAAAAUAAGGGAAAAAAGGCCACCAAGUUGAAGAAUUAAGCUGUCAAAAUCUCAAGAACAAGACUGAAGAAUGGCAGCCAGUUUGUCAGCGGAGGAAGAACAGGCUACCAAGGAGUUUCUGGAGGAAAUCAACAAGUGGACCACUCAGCAUGGAGUGUCCCCCCUGUCAUGGGAAGUGGCCGUCAAGUUCCUCAUGGCGCGCAAGUUCGACGUGCUCCGGGCCAUCGAGCUCUUCCACAGCUACAGGGAGACCCGUCUGAAAGAGGGCAUUGUCAAAUUACAGCCCCAGGAGGAACCUCUGCGCUCAGAACUGCUCAGUGGAAAGUUCACAGUGCUGAGUGUGCGGGACCCAUCAGGCGCCUCCAUAGCCUUGUACACGGCCAAACUCCACCACCCCAACAAGACAGGCAACCAUGUUGUCCUGCAAGCUCUUUUCUACCUCCUGGACCAGGCUGUGGAGAGCUUUGAAACUCAAAGAAACGGCCUGGUGUUCAUUUACGACAUGGCGGGCUCCAACUACACCAACUUUGAGCUGGACCUGAGCAAGAAGAUCCUCAACUUACUCAAGGGGGCGUUCCCUGCCAGGCUGAAGAAAGUGUUGAUAGUGGGUGCCCCUGUCUGGUUCCGCGUGCCCUACAACCUGCUGAGCCUGCUGCUUAAGGAGAAACUCAGGGAGAGGGUCCAGAUGGUCAGAAUGUCUGACCUCUGCCAGCACCUCCCACGGGACUGUCUCCCUGAGCACCUGGGGGGGCUGCUGCCCCUGGAUGCCCACGGCUGGAACCAGCAGCUUCUGGCUGGGCAGAACGGUCGUGUGGACCCUGUGGAUGAGCUGGUUGGCAUCCCCCUGGAGGACUCGUCGGUCCACAACCCUGGGCCUGAGGCCAUGCGACUGCCUGAGUUCAUGGCCCACCUGGGCAGGCUCCAGCGCUCAGGCAUCCACCUGGAGUAUGAGGAAAUCCGCAAGGAGCAACCACCUGGGACAUUCCAUUGUGCCCUUACUGCAUACAACCAGGAGAGGAAUCGCUAUGGGGAUGUCCUGUGUCUUGACCAAACAAGAGUUCACCUGAAAACCAGAAGAAACGAGAGAUCAGAUUACAUCAAUGCCAGCUUCAUGGAUGGCUACAAACAGAAGAAUGCGUACAUCGGUACUCAAGGACCACUGGAAAAAACCUAUGGGGAUUUCUGGAGGAUGGUCUGGGAGCAAAACGUGCUAGUCAUUGUCAUGACAACAAGAGCGGACGAGGGAGGUCGGAAGAAGUGUGGUCAGUACUGGCCUCUGGAGGAAGGCGGCCAGGAGGUGUAUGGUCACAUGGCUGUGGUCAACCAGAGGGUGGACAAUCACUCCCACUACAACCAGACCACCCUGGAGCUGCACAACAUGGAGAAUUGUGAGCAGAGGCAGGUGACCCACUUCCAGUACCUGAGCUGGCCCGACUAUGGCGUCCCCACCUCGGCCGUGACGCUCAUUGACUUUCUGGGGGCUGUCAAGAGGCAGCAGAGGCGGUCAGUGAAGACCAUGGGGCCCCAGUGGAGGGGCCACCCCUUGGGACCCCCCAUGGUGGUUCACUGCAGUGCUGGCAUCGGCAGAACAGGUACCUUCUGUGCCCUGGACAUCUGUCUGUCCCAGCUGCAGGAUGUGGGGACGCUUAACGUGUGUCAGACGGUGCGGCGGAUGAGAACGCAGAGGGCCUUCACCAUCCAGACCCCAGACCAGUACUACUUCUGCCACAACGCCAUCCUGGAGCACGCUCAGAGACAGGGCCUGCUCUCAGCCAAUCAGUGAUGCCUGGGGGUCGCCUCAUAGUUCUCACGGCCAAUCUGAUGCCCUGGGUGUUGUCGUAGCCUAUCAGUGACCCUUCUCGCAGCCAAUCUGUGAAUCCAGGGGACACUUUGUAGCCAAUCAGCAUGCCCACUUCUAGCAAAUGCCAUCACUUCUUCCCUUUUUAAGAGGCCUUUAAGACCAACUCAUUCCUCCUUCUGACUCUGCCACUUCUGACAGAGCAGAAAAAUGUUAGAUAGUAAGACAUAAGACAUAACAUACAAGACACAGCAACCUGGCAACAAAUGUUGUCAGUUUUGUGUCUUCUGAGGAAGAUUUUGAAUCAUUAUGUGGCCGUUAUCUGUGUCUAUGCGAGUCUGUCGUUCGCUUUGGUGUCUUGUGUGAUCCAGAUACUUAGCAGUAACCGAUGACAUGAACUUUGCGUUCAACUUCCUUUUUUUUAAGAACCUACCACAUGUGACCAGUUCAGUGGUCUUUGAGAAGGCCUUUUCUCUUGCUCUCUCCCUCUCUCCAUCCUCUACCUGUGAAAGCAGAGAAGAAUGGUAUUGGAUAAGAAAGUAAUAAUAAGAAUAGUUUUUUCUUUUUUUCAAUGGUCUUUUGCCUCUUGGUAUUGUCGUUGUGACCUUAGCGAUACAACUAUACUUGGCAUACAAGCAUUGAACCCCUCCUAGGACGACCCCCUUCUCCACCAACUUCCCCAUGGCCAUUGAAUUGAAUGGCUAUAUGUAGAAGUUGCCCCUGAGAUGCAUGUGGACUUCUCAUCUUACCCUACCCGCAAUCUAAGCCUCAACCAUUGAGAGUUAAAAUGCAUAGGUGACCUUAAGUUCAACUUUAAGUAAUACUAAACACAUUAAUGUUUUUGUGAGCAGCUGAUAAAGUUUGUAUCUCAAUGCAUUUCCUGCAGAUCUAAUAAUUAAGAGCUGGCCUCCUGACAACACAUGAACCAUCUGCCUUCACUCUGUUAUUGUAAGUCAUUCACAUUGGCUGUUCAAACGUUCCUUGUGAAAAUCUUGUAGUGAUCGUGACAUUAAAUGUUUGGUCGCCGCUGCUUUCACUCAGUAGUUGUUCCGUAUGCUUCAGUUGUUUCAUGUACGUCUAUUGAGCCGCCUAUGCUGCGAUGGACCUGGUGUAGGAAGGCCAUAACCCUGCUUCCGCUUUAAGACACCAGUCCUAGACCUCACCUCAGUAAAGUGCAAUAGACUUUUAUACACAGCCAUGUUGAAGCACUUUGUGCUUUUAGAGAUUACAGUUCUUGUGUUGGUAAAGUGCAUUUAAGGUGAAAUCACAGUUAUAGGAGAUUGUAUACGUGUGAUAUACAGUGCCUUCAGAAAGUAUUCACACUUAUUUACUUAUUCCACAUUUUGUUACAGCCUGAAUUAAAUAUAUUUUUUUCUCACCCAUCUACACACAAUACCUCAUAAUGACAAAGUGAAAACCAUGUUUUUUUUAUUACAUUUAUUGAAAAUUAAAUACAGAAAUCGAAUUUACAUAAGUAUUCACACCCCUGAGUCAAUACUUUGUAGAAUCAUAUUUAGCGGUGAUUACAGCUUUAUGUUUUCUUGGGUAAGUUUAAGAGCUUUGCACACCUGGAAUUUACAAUCUUGGUAAGCAACUCCAGUGUAGAUUUGGCCUUAUGUUUUAGGUAAUUGUCUUGCUGAAAGGUGAAUUUGUCUACCAGUGUCUGUUGAAAAGCAGAGUGAACCAGGUUUUUCUCUAGGAUUUUUAUUUUAUUUGCUUAUAGAUUACAUUUACAUUUAAGUCAUUUAGCAGACGCUCUUAUCCAGAGCGACUUACAAAUAGCUGUAUUCUGUUUCUUUUUAGCUUAAACUCCCUAGUCCUUUCCAAUGACAAGCAUACCCAUAACAUGAUGCAGCCACCACCAUGCUUAAAUAUGAAGUGGUACUCAUUGAUGUUGGAUUUGCCCUAAACACAAAGUUUUGUAUUCAGGGAAAAAGUUAAUUUCUUUGCCACAUUACUUUAAGUGCCUUGUUGCAAACAAGGUGCAUGUUUUGGAAUUUGCAUAUCCUGUACGGGCUUCCUUUUCACUCUGUCAUUAGGUUAGUAUUGGGAAAGGGGGAUACCUAGUCAGUUGUACAACUGAAAUGUGUCUUCAUUGUGGAGUAACUACAAUGUUCCAUUCUCAUAUUACAACCAUUAAAUUCUAACUGUUUUAAAACCACCUUUGGCCUCAUGGUCAAAUCCCUGAGCAUUGUCCUUCCUCUCCAGCAAUUGAAUUAGGAAGGACGCCUUUAUCUUUGUAAUGACUGGGUGUAUUGAUACACCGUCCAAAGCCUAGUUAACUUCACCAUGCUCAGAAGGAUAAUCAGUGUCUGCUUUUUAUAUUUUUACACAUCUACCAAUCAGUGCCCUUUGCAAAGCAUUGAAAGAGCUGCCUGGUCUUUGUGGUUGAAUCUGUGCUUGAAAUUCACUACUCAAUUGAAGGACCUUACAAUGUAUUAUCUGUAUGUGUGGGGUACAAAGAUGGGGUACUCAUUCAAAACUGAUGUUAACCACUAUUAUUGAACACUGAAUGAUUCCAUGCAACUUGUGAUUUGUAGCACAUUUUACUCCUGAAUUUAUUUAGGCUUGCCACAACAAAGGGGUUAAAUACUUAUUGACUCAAGACAUUUCAAUGUUUCCACAACCAAAAUUCCACUUUGACAUUUGGGUGUAGAUCAGUGACACAAAUCUUAAUUUAAUCAAUUUUUUUUUAGGCUGUAACAACAAAAUGUGGAAAAAGUAAAGGGGUGUGAACUCUCUGAAGCCACUGUAGGUACAAUAUAACUUGAUUACUGUUGAUUGGACAUUUGACCUUCAAAGUAUUCAGACCCCUUUACUUUUUCCACAUUUUGUUAGCUUUUCUGAAAUGUAUAAAAACAAAAUUAAAUCCUCAAUCUACACACUACCCCAUUAUGGCAAAGCAACAACAGGAUUUUAGACCAUUUUUACCCCCAAAAAAUGUUAAAUACCUUAUUUACAUAAGUAUUCAGACCCUUUGCUAUGAGUCUUAAAUUAGCUCAGGUGCAUCCUAUUUCCAUUGAUUAUCCUUGAUGUUUCUACAACUGGGUUGGACAUGAUUUGGUAAGGCACACACUUGUAUAAAGUUUACAGUAAAUGUCAGAGCAAAAACCAAGCCUUGAGGUCAAAGGAAUUGUCCAUAGAGCUCUAGACAGGAUUGUGUCAAGGCACAGAUCUAGGGAAAGGGUACCAAAACAUUUCUGCAGCAUUGAAGUUCCCCAAGAACAGAGAGGCCUCAUCAUUCUUAAAUUGAAGUUUGGAACCACGAAGACUCUUCCUAGAGCUGGCUGCCUAGCCAAACUGAGCAAUCCAGGAAGAAGGGCCUUGGUCAGGGAGGUGACCAAGAACCUUAUGGUCACUCUGACAGAGCUCCAGUGUUCUUCUGUGGAGAUGGAAGCUUCUCCCAUCUCUGCAGAACUCUACCAAGCAGGCCUUUAUGGUAGUGGGCAGAUGGAGGCCACUCCUCAGUAAAAGGAGACAAGUCAGGAUCAAGGGAAAGAUUAAUGGAACAAAGUACAGAAGAUACUUGAUGAAAA